AUGUACCCGCAUGCAACGCCCAUCCAGCCACUCAAGAACCUUACCACUCAUCUUCAAGCCGAAUCUAAUGCUCCGCGCUCUCUCCCAACCAUAUGGGUCAAGCACGAAGAUACCAAUAGUGCGCUGGCUUAUGGCGGUAACAAGGUGCGCAAACUCGAAUAUGUGCUUGCCGAUGCUGUCGCCAGGAACGCAACCCACCUCGUGACCGUGGGCGGCGUGCAGAGUAAUAGCCAGCGCCAGGUGACCGCAGCAGGGAACAAACUUGGCAUGAAGACAGUACUCACGCCAGAUCCGAAGAUCGGAAACCCGUCGGCGAAGGACCGAGGGGCAUACGAUAGUGCGGGAAACGUGCAGAUCAACAACGUGCUGGGCGCCCAGUGGAAGCCUUCAACACCCGAGGACAAGGAAGAGGCGAACGCACAGGGCGGAGAUGGGUUGGCGUACGAAGUUGCGGCUCGGAGGGAGAUGGAAAAGAUUAAGAGCGAAGGCGGGACACCAUACUUCAUCCCCUCGGGCGCAAGCUUGCAUGCACUGGGCGGCUUGGGGUUCGCACGGUGGGUGUAUGAACUGUACGAGCAGGAGAAGGAGCUGGAUGUCAUGUUCGAUGCCAUCGUUGUCUCUACGGCAAGCGGCAGCACGCUGGGCGGCAUGGUGGCUGGCUUCAAGCUGCUCAGCCCCAGCACAAAACGGCGGCAGCUAGUCGGAAUCCAGGCAACAAGCUGCGAUGUCACAGAAACUUCAAGACUCGUUAUGACAUCCGCUAAGAACACGGCGAAGCUUGUGGGCUUGCAGGACGAGGAUAUCACAGAACAGGAUUUUGUACUCGACGCACGUUUCAACGGCGGGGCAUACGGUCGUCUUAAUGAAGGUACAGCAAACGCCAUCAGAAUGCUGGCAAGUACAGAAGGGAUUCUGACCGACCCUGUCUACACCGGCAAAGCGGUUGCUGGGCUCCUCGGACUUGCAAGAGAAGGCGCGUUCGGCGAGGCGAAGAAUGUCUUGUUCGUGCAUACUGGCGGAACGCCCGCGUUAUCGGCGUAUCCAUCGCUUCGUUGA